AUGGCACCAAAAACGAUGCCCAGCAGAAAGCGCGGCCGCCCGAGAAAAGACGACCCCGAUACCUCGUCCAAGAAGCCCCGGCUCGAUGGCAGGCAUGCUACCGACCGAUCGCGAGAUACACCGAAUCCGGACGAGAAUCGACAGGAUGUCAGGGAAAAGAACGAUGUGUACGACUUUCAUGACCCAGAUGAAGCCCUAGCCGCGCGGACUCCAUCGAAGGCCCAGCCCAAACUCAAGGGCAUCCUCACUCCCAGCAGGAGGCACAGCGAGCGGGCCCCUAAGAGUGUUGCCUUUGAUAAACUCAAACGUGGGGACGUUUUGUUCGAAGACAUAGCCGCGAAGCCAGUCAAAUCAGUCCGCAAGGCCGUCAGAAAGCGCCGGGAGGAGCCUGAGGAGGAGCCUGAAGAGGAGCCAAAUGACGCAGAAGAUGACCAACCGGGCGAGGCAGAUGAGACAGAUGACGAUGAAGUGUGCGCCCUCUGCAGCAAGCCGGAUUCGAAAACGGGGAAUCAGAUUCUCUUUUGCGACGGCUGUGAUCUGGCCGUACACCAAAAGUGCUAUGGUGUGUCCAGGAUCCCCCGAGGGGAUUGGCUGUGCAAAGAUUGCUCUCAAUCCACAUCCGCUACGUCAGAGAAUGACUUGAAGGGCAAGGACCAGAGGAUCUCGGAGACAGUUAUUGAAGCUGCGCCUGAGAUUCCGAACUUUGAACAGCACUUGAAGUCUCUGAAACGCGUUCUCUUGGAUCGCUGCACCGGGAGGCGUCGAAUGAGGCUGCGGGACCAAGACGAGGCAUACGAGAAGACAUUCCAGCUCGUUCAGCAGACUGUUCUGGCUGGUGAGGGCAAUUCGAUGCUUGUCAUCGGUGCCAGAGGGUGCGGGAAAACCACGAUGGUCGAAUCAGUCCUUUACGAUCUUGGAAUGGAGCACCGUGAUCAGUUCCAUGUCGUCCGGCUCAAUGGGUUCAUCCACACGGACGACAAGCUGGCGUUGAAAGACAUAUGGCGGCAGCUAGGAAAGGAGAUGGAAGUUGAGGACGACCUGAUCGGCAAAACAAGCAACUAUGCCGAUACGUUAGCAUCUUUGCUUGCGCUUCUGUCUCAUCCAUCAGAGAUCGCGGAAUCCCAAGAAGGGGUCACCUCGAAGUCCGUGGUCUUCAUCAUCGACGAAUUCGACCUCUUCGCUACCCACGCCCGACAGACACUACUUUACAAUCUUUUUGACAUUGCCCAAGCUAGGAAGGCACCCAUCGCUGUACUGGGCCUUACCAACAGAAUUGAUGUGGUGGAAAGCCUCGAGAAACGUGUGAAGAGUCGAUUUAGCCACCGCUACGUUUAUUUGUCACUUUCGAAGACUCUACCUGCAUAUUGGGCGGUCUGCAAACAGGGCCUCACGGUCGAGGAUGAGGAUGCUAAGGCAGAAGGACUGCCGGUCACUCUGCAGGGCUUCGCCAAAUUUCAGGAGUACUGGACGAAGAAGAUCGAGGCACUCUACAAGGACCAGAUGCUCAAGGAUCACGUCGAGUACCACUACUAUAGCACUAAGUCUGUGCCGGCCUUCCUUAAUAGCUGUGUGCUCCCUUUGGCAGCACUCACGCUGUCAAACCUCUCACUGCGAUUCACGUCUGGGUCAGGGACGUCCGUUGACCCCCCUGACUCCAAGCUUCAUCUACUGGAGUCUCUCUCUGACCUUGACCUUUCCCUCCUCAUAUCCGCGGCUCGUCUCGAUAUCGUCGCGCAUAUGGACACGGUAAACUUUGCAAUGGCCUACGAUGAAUACACGACCUUGAUAGGAAGGCAACGGGUGCAGAGCGCCACCUCGGGGAUGAUGGCCCUCGGAGGAGGAGUACGAGUCUGGGGGCGAGGCGUCGCCGAGAUAUGCUGGGAACGACUUGUGUCACUGGGACUACUCCUUCCGACCGGUAUGGGGGGCCGGAUGUGCAAGGUCGAUGUGACGCUGGAGGAGAUUCCCACGGCUGUCAAGCUGAAUGCUAUACUUGCUAGGUGGUGCAAGGAAUUGUGA